GUUGACACGUAGCAGGACAGGGCAGUGCGCUGCCCGCGGGGGCCGCUCGAUUUUGGCUCAGCACUCCAACACUGGGCUGUGAGGCCGAGACCGGGUGGAGUUGCCUGUGCAGGACUUGGCGGCAUCCUUGCUUCACUAUUAACGAACUCAACCAUGGGCGCGUUCUUCUCCAGAGGGUUUAGUCCGGAGAAAGACAUUCCUGAUCUGACAGGAAAGGUCGUCCUCGUGACGGGCGGAAACUCCGGUAUUGGGUAUGCUAUCAUACGCCACCUCGCCCGACAUGGGGCCAAGGUGUACAUGGCUGCUCGUAACGAGCAGAGAGCCAAGGCUGCCAUAGAACGCCUCCAAGCAGAGGGUUUGGGCCCGGGUAACGGGGCGGUGCUCUGGCACAAGCUCGAUCUGAGUGACCUGCGGAAUGUCACGCAAGCCGCCGAAGAGUUCAUGAAGAGGGAAGAACGUCUCGAUGUACUCAUCAACAACGCCGCGAUGCUUCUGGUUCCAUAUAUCAAGAGUCACGAUGGCAUCCAGGACAUUGUGAUGGUCAACUACAUUGGACCAUGUUCCUUCACGAGGGCGCUCCUCCCCCUCUUGAAGACGACCGCUCAAGAACCUAACAGUGACGUCCGCGUCGUCUACCUGAACUCUGCCCGGCAUUACCACUGCUCCACAGAUGUCCGCUUCCGCAACAUAGACGACCUCAAUAGGGACUUCGAGGACACAUCGCUCCCGCAGCUCCUCCGAUACUCAUAUACCAAGAUUAUGCAGCUCCUCUUCGUCCGCGAGCUGCAGCGCCGCCUAGACGAAGAAGGCGCCCCGAUUCUCCUCAUCGCCGUCGACCCCGGAGAGGUCAACACCGAGGGUGUGCAAGCUUACGCGUCCUCCGUCGGCCCGCUCCUCGCGCCACUCUACAAGCUCAUCGCAGACCUCACCUUCACAACGCCCACAAAGGGCGCGUACGGGCCGGUAUUCGCCGCGGCCUCGCCCGUCCCGCGCGCCGCGCCCAACGCGUAUCGCGGCGCAUACCUUAAGCCGCCCGGGGUCCUCGUGAAGGCAAACCCGCUCGCGGAUCGGGAGGACCUGCAGCAGGAGCUGUGGGAGACGACGGAUGGGUUCUUGAAGGGUCUGGGGCUGGUGUUGCCUGAGGCAUGA